GCGCUCGAAGGAGCUCUCGUUCGUUCGACGGCGUCGCAAGAACGAAUCGUCGCCCUUUCCGCAGGUCGGCGAAAAACAGAGAAAAGAUCCAAGGAGAGGAAAAAAGAACUGCGUGAGAUAUUACUUCCCACUUUCCGGAAAUAACACGCGCGAGAUUCAAUCGCGAGAAAUGCAACCGGCGCGCAUCGCGAGGAUAGCGUGGAGCAGUUGCCGUUCGAAAAUGCGGGCGUAAAAAUUGUCAGGAAGAACACGCUCGGAUCACUCAGUGAAAUAAGCAGCCGCAAAUAUCGAAAGUGAACCGACGGACUUGUUCAGACUCUACGAACUGCCACUAGCACCCGUGAAAUGAAACUUUUGUCGCACCUGUUGCAUGACAGGUAUUUUUGAUGGAUGCGCACACUUUUAACCGGAAUGCGAAGUGCCUACUCGUGACUCGUGCCGCAGAAUCGCCGGUCUAACAAUCUUGCUCGAGACGAGAGGCGUCUUCAAGUCUGCGCGUGUCGUUUCCAACUUUUAUCUCGCGCUAAUCUCAUUCGGAUGUUCCCGAGUUCGAGUCGCGUGAGAUGUCGUCGGGUCACCACAUCGCCACUAGAAAAUUUCGAACAAGCGCAAUUGCUCUUUCAAACUAAUCACGAGCCAAACAACGGUGCACAAGAUGUGCGCAAGGUGGCCGAGCGAUAGAGUUCGAAGAUGGGCCGGGUAUACAAUGGGAUGGGAAAGCUUAUCGUGAAUUGUGAAAAGUGUUGAAGAAAAAGGAAGAAAGAAAGAGAGCGGCAAGAUGGUGACCGUGCUCAAUAUAAGCGACAUUAAAAAUAUUUGCUUGCUGCCGGAAGAUCUGGAUAUGUUGGAGGAUCCUCGAACGCCGACUUUGCGAAGGGUCAGUUACGGUAUCGUGUUGCCGACCAUUUGUAUCCUCGGCAUCGUCGGUAACAUUCUGAAUCUUGUCGUCCUCACGAGAAGAAACAUGCGCGGCACAGCGUACAUCUACAUGAGAGGUUACUCGGCGGCGGCGCUUCUCGCGAUCCUUUUCUGCAUUCCCUUCGCGCUGAGGGUGCUCAUUCAUAAGGAAACCGGAGGAUGGAGCAAUUGGCCCCAGGCUUUCUAUCAUGCUCAUCUCGAGCUUUUCCUCGGCAACGGUUGCCUGGGGGUUGGAGUAAUGAUGCUUCUGGCAUUGACAGUGGAGCGUUACGUAAGCGUCUGUCAUCCCGGGCGACACACGCGACCACUCUGCGGACCCCCUCACCUAACAGUGGUGCUCAUCCCACUGGCCACAUUUCUCGUUUAUCUGCCGAGUGUAUUUCGGGGUGAAAUUACGACCUGCCUGCUGGAGCCCGGCGGACCCCUAAUCUACCAGAAGAGAGACAAUCAGUCGUUUCUCAACUCGUGGUAUUAUCAGGUGUACAAGGUGGUGCUGGAAGUUGUUUUUAAAGUGGCACCGACGAUUCUUCUCGCCGGAUUCAAUCUGAGAAUAAUGAUAGUGUACAGAAGAUCCUGCGAGCGACGUCGGAGAAUGACCUUAUCGAGAACCGUUAGUAGCGACGAGGAUCCCAGAACUUUCGCUGAAGAGCGAAGGCUCAUUCUGCUCUUAGGCAGUACCAGCAUCCUGUUCCUGGUCUGUGUCAGUCCUAUGGUUAUCUUAAAUGUAACCCUCAGCGAGAGCAAUCUAAGCCAUUAUCCUUACCAGGUGUUCCGAGCAUUGGCCAAUCUACUGGAGGUGAUCAAUUACUCGAUCACGUUUUACAUCUAUUGCCUCUUUUCCGAAGACUUUCGAAACACUUUAAUUCGCACUGUACAAUGGCCGUGGAUCAGGAAUAUACGAGGUGGCAGAAGUGUGCCUAUGAAACGUUCCCCGAUACCGAGACCGACGACAACGACCACCACCCCGCCGACUACCAUGGUGGCGACCCCCGGACAUCUGGCUCGUGCCAGCGUUUAACACGGAUUUUUGCCAUCGAUCCUGGCGUCAACCGCUCGGUCGCCAGCCGGUGAAAUAAAAAGAGGCUCCCGGAUCUAGCGCGAGAGACCAGCGUACCGUGAAACUGUAAAUGUCGGGACGAUUCAAUUGCGAGCAAAAACUUUAUAAAAUAGCCGAGUAUCCAAAACAAUACACGAAAAACAUUUCACGACACACAAUUACAUUGAACAAUCCCGCUUAUAUGUACAGGCUUGGUAGCGAUAAGUAGGCUUUCGCAGAUUUCUCACAGCGGUAUAAACACACGUAUUAAAUGAUUUAGGAAAAGAAAGAUGAAAUUAUUACGCAUGUUAUCAAUUUCUUGGAGGCGCUUCGUACGCUCCGAUUCUUCCAAGACAAUUCGCAACGAAGUAUUCAAACUACGUGUAUUCUGUACACCGGCAACUCCGGAAUAGUUGUAAACUGCCGGUACAGACGCAUCCAUUGAACAUUCCUGCGUGCUAACGGCUAAAGAGCCGGGCGUGUCUCUACGUGGUUGCUGCGGCUAAAUUCGAACAUCUGACUAUUCCGAGGAUUAAAUCGACCGACCCGAUUAAAUAGUUGAUAUCCGAGUAUCUCUCUCGCUCUCUCGGGCGCGUACUUUCUGUCGAACAAUACACGUUUCGGAUUGCCCGGCGAUCGUGUGGAAGUGAUUGUGUGUGUCGAAAUACUCGAUGAGUCUUCACGAAACAAAGACGAGUGUACAUAAAACCGAAGGGUUCUAUGUAAACCGUCGUCAGGGAUCCCGUGGGACUCUUUCGCUUUUUAAAGUACGAGUUGAAGAAGUUUCCGACGCAAUCGAUCGAGUUUGCUGAGAGGCGGAGGUGCGAGGGAGGAGGAAGAUGCAGGCGAGAGAGGAAAGCGCAAACUGAAAAGAAAUGUCGCGGUGAGAACCGCUGCAAUGCGUUCACGGCAUUGUGGGAAAUUUAUCAGAAUUCGCGCGGAGACGCGACGACAAGACUUGUGCAUUGAGUCGCGAGCGAUCGUCGUCGCUGCUGGAAAUUAAAGGAGAGAACGCUCGGAGAACAGACAGGACGAGAAGAGAACAAAAAAAGAAAUCUAAAUGUGUCAAGUACCUGAUCGUACAAAGGAUCCUUUCUGCGGGAGAAUCCGCGAGAGCGAAAUCGAGGUGGAAUUAAUUCGCGUUAAUUCCGGGAUCACCCGGAAGCGGAAGGUGUAACGAAAGGUGUGCCAAAAUUCCUCCGCUUGAAAAUUUAAAAUAACGAAUGAAUUAAUGAGGAGCGUCGAGAAAUAUUUUACGCUAACGCGGUGAAUCGUCAUAAUUUAUUUCUGUGUGAGUGUUGUUGCAUAAUUAAGCGCUGUUGAGUGUGGUAAUGAAAAUUGCGUCUCGUCCGCUAUUAUCGGCAUUAAUCUUUUAUACUUUCUCCGUCAAUAAGUUAUGUAUCGUUCGAUUAGACCUAAGUGAUUUAUGUAUAACGCUCGAUGUCGAGACGGGAAUUGAAUUUCAAGGAGGUCUACAUUUCCGCACAGCAGUACAUAAAAAAGAAAAAGAAAAAAGAAAAAAACAGAGGGAAACGAAAACGUAUUGCGGUACAAGCAAGCGUAGAAACCGCUGGGUUCAAUUUUCGGAUCUAACGAAAGAACUGCUGCCGGCUACGAUAAUAAUAUUCCCAUCGAACUCUUCGAAAUAAACCGCUACCUCUUGGUUGCAUCGCGUUUCUAAAAUAGAUGCUGUACUGCGGAAAGAUAUUCUCUCUCGGGGAAUCGAUAAUUAAAUUCGCCGCAACGGUCCGUCCGCGUUCUUGGUUCGAUGGUAAUAUUAUUUCGCUUAUUUGCAUACGUAAAUCCCACAAAGAACGUUUUCGCAGCGCAAACUCAUCUUCCGGACGUGACAUCUCGGUCGGCAACUUUGCGAAACACGUGAAUGGAGAAAUAAAUUCAGAGAAACAUC